AUGCCUGGAACCAUUGACUACUCACCUCCUGUGAACGCUAAAGCUGAUGCUCCCACAGAAAAUUCAAUCAAAGCAUUGGAGCGCAAUUGCCAGAACUCCAGCAACAAGUACUUUCCCAGCAGGCGAGAGCUCUGGUUCGCACAACUCGAAGCACAGUUUACAUUGGUCAAUUUGCCAUCUGAUGCCCGAAAGUUUAACCUCGUUAUUGCUCAUCUAGAUCCGUCCACAGCUCCAGCAAUACAAGGCGUCACCAUCAAUAAACCACAAGGUAAUGCAUAUGUUCGAUUGAAAGAAGAACUCAUUUCUCGUUUGGCCCCGUCUAGAGACACACAGAUUAGGCAAAAGCUAGAUCGAGAACAGAUAGGUGACAGGAAACCAUCUCAGUUUCUUCAACGAUUAAAGGAUUUAGCUGGUGGUACAAUGACUGAUGAUGCCUUAAAGACAGAAUCAACGACGUCAUUUCACACAAACAAGUUGUCAGCACAUCUAGCCCCCAAAAAUCCUUCAUUUUUGAGUCUCUCACAGAAAGUGGAACUACUGCCAAAGCAAGUUGAAGCCAUGCACAUGAACAGAGGAGACCAAAAUCGCAGGCUGAAAAGAUCGAGGUCACGCUCUCGUGCUUGGCAACACAGAAAUCCAACACCAACUUCAAUCGAGAAGAAAAACAACGAUCCAACUGGUUUUUGCUAUUUCCAUCGUAAAUGGGGAUCUAAAGCAAGAAAUUGCAACCCACUAUUUGAUUUCAACCAGCAAGCGGGAAACGAAAACGGAUGUCAUUGA